AUGGAGUUGGGAGGGGCUGCGUGUAGGAAGACUGGAGGUGGAGCCAUCACGUGCAUUAUCUGUGGCCGCAGAAGACACACUGCCAGUCGGUGCCGUGUCGGUUCCUCUGGGAGUCGAGGUAACAGACAGGGCACUCUGGCGUCACCUCAGCCGCCUCCUGCUGAUCCGCUGGAUGCAAGACCACUACAACCUGCAGCCCCACCCCCUGUCUCUCCCAACACCACGGUGAUUGAUCGUCUGGCACGGAGCCUGGCUGAAGUCCUGAAAGGGUCUGGAGUGACUCCGGAGGCGCAGUGGGGGGAGCACGCCAGAAGGCCUCGACCUGAUGAUGCUAAUGCUGCUGCCGCCGCAGCAUGGAACCCCAUUGUGUAUGUCCAGAGGACGUGGAGACAUGAUGAAAUCAAAGACAUUGUAGAAGACCUACCAGACCCAAGUAAGGACGCUGUGAAAUAUUCAGCAGAAAUUAGGGUAUUGGUGGGUCAGUACAAACCAUCUGCUGCUGCGAUAGCCCAUAUCUGUAAAAAGAAACUGGGACUCAGGUGGGCGGAUGUACAGGGACAGUUUGAUUGCAACUACCUGUGGACUGUGAAUGGUGCAUAUCAGGACCAGAUAACGGSGUUGCAGGCCAGGAUUGUGGAGAUGUAUCCAACUAAGACCGACUGGACUGCCGUCAGAGAAUGCACUAUGAAGAAAAAUGAGGGCCUGGAGGCUUUCAGAAAGAGACUUGAGACCUGUUUCAGGCUACACAGUGGUAUCAGACCAAACGAACAUGCAUAUGGGGAUCUGCUGAAAGACGCCCUGGUGAGGGGUCUGACACCGGGCCUGGAGAAAGCUGUGAGGACUACCUGCAUCAGUUGGGAGACUGAGCCAUUAGCAACGGUGGUACAGCACUGCAAGCAUGCUGAGAGACAACAAAGUACUCAAAAGGAAGAAAAAAUAAAGGAAGUAAAAGUGAAGACACAGAAACUACAGGCUGCCCAGAUUACAUUUUACCAGGGAGCAGCCCCAGCAGGGACAGAACAAGGGGGUGGAGUGCGCAAGUGUUACAACUGUAGGAAGCCGGGUCAUUUUACUGCUGACUGCUCCGAGCCAACGAAUUCACAGAGGAACAAAGGCAGGGACGGACCGAGAAGAGGGGCCCAAAGGGAGGGGGCAAGAAGAGGAGGAAAAGGAGCACAUGCAUGGACAGCCCCAUUCCAACAACAGCCGUGGCAGCCACCUCCCAACCAAUGGCAGGUCGGGCCACCUCACGGGGUCCAGCAACAGCAACAGUGGGGCCCACAAGYAGUCCKUCCAGGCAGAGGACAACCUGGAGCCUGGCAGACGGGGUCGCCGGCACAGACGACCCUGUACAAUCCAGGACAGGGACAGGAGGAGGUGUAUUGACAUGAUGAGGAGACAGGGACAGUUGUGCUAAAAUCCUCAGAGCAACAAGAGCAUUUGUUUUUAAAGUGUCACACCCUUCCGAGAGUAGAGCCAAACGUGGAGGCUUGCGUCAAUGGCUAUUUUCCCCAGGGUGAAAGCGGCUCUACCCCAGCCUCUGGUGGGGAUCCUGCACAAACUGCAACCAGGUGACUGGGUGGUGGUGAAGGACCUGAGACGAAAGCAUUGGAACCAGCAGAGGUGGACUGGACCGUACCAGGUGAUGCUGAUUACCCCCACUGCUGUUCGCGUAGCUGAGAAGUCUACUUGGAUCCACGCCAGCCACUGCAGGAAGGUGCCAUACUGCCCACCAGACCCUGAGGAUGGAGGAACAGAGACGCCGGAAGUCACCGCCUAGAUGGCCAUGGGAGGAUCAGGCCCAGACUCUACGCAUAAUGUUUCUUGCUCUUGUCUUGAGCCUUCUCAUUACAGUUGCCAUAUGGACAGUAACUCAAGGACAACUGGUCUUGGAAAGACAACAUGGUACGGACUUGACUGAUGACCGUUCAGUCCCACUGCGGGACUUAAAUAACAGCCACUCCAGCUCAAGCCAACGGCAGGCUCAGGACAGGAGUCCAGCAAACAAUAGCCGCUCCCAUAUCGAAAGAAGAAGAAGGUCGAUGCAUCCACUGGAUGAGCAUCACAGUAGGAAUCACGAGGGAAAAACACUUGGUGGUCACUGCUUAACUUCUCUGUGCUACGGAUCCCUUUAGCGGGAUCAUUUUCCUAAACACCGCUGAAUUGCAGGGC